ACGACAUUGGUUAUAAUACAAGGGUGCAAAUGUAUGACCUUUAAGCUUACUCAAUGCCCACUUUGAAGCUGAACAGCUUGGACUAUGCUAUACUGUUCGUCUGAAAUUUAUCUAUCGAAAAAGAUAAGGAAGCCAUAGAUGGCUGCUUACGGAGCUCUAGUUUCUCUCAGCAAUAUUCUUGACCAGAUCCUCCUCCACCCACCUCCUGCUCAUCACUUCAUUUUCGUUAGAGAACAGAUCGAGUCUCUUCAAAUUAGGGUUCUUUCAUUGCUCGAUUUUCUGGAAAAUCAUUAUUCCUGCAAACUCAGCAGCAAAGAGAUGGAUGAUUUGGAAUCGCGAAUCGUAGACGCGUCUUACGCAGCAGAGGAUGUAAUUGAAUCCAAUUUGAGGAACCAAAUAUGUGCUAAAUCCACUAAGGAGAAUUUGGUGUCGGUGGAGAUGGAGCAAAAUAGAGAAAUACAUAUGAUGAUACAAAAGUUCCUCUCCAUCGAGAAGGAUUUGGUGGACAAAAAUGAAGGCAUGGAUAACCAGUCUACUAGGAAAGCUUCUUCAUCAGCGCUGCCUCUUCGGAUUGGCAAGAACACCAUGGUGGGAUUCGAGGAUCACUUGAUUCAAAUAAUGGGCGCUCUCUCUACCGACGAAUCGGGCCGCCGGAUUAUCCCUAUUGUUGGGAUGGGUGGCAUAGGUAAGACUAACCUUGCCACUAAUGUUUUUAACAAUCCUUUUAUCAUUGAAAAGUUCGAUAUUCGUGCUUGGUUUGUUGUAUCCCAAGAAUGUACUGGCAAAGAGAUUCUUCUAGGCCUUUUGCAUCAGAUUAUUAAUCCUACCAAUCGAAAUGAACUUGAGAUGAAUGAUGAUGAUGUAUUGGGAGAAAAGUUGCACAAAACUUUGUUUGGGAGAAAAUAUUUCAUAGUAAUGGAUGACAUGUGGGAUAUCACGGCUUGGGAGAUUGUGAAAAGGUUCCUUCCCGAUAAUAAUAAUGGAAGUCGAAUCUUGGUAACUACUAGGCUGUUGAAGUUGGCUGUGGAUCUUGGAUCUUGUACCCCUUAUGAAUUGAAUUUACUAGACGAAGCACAAAGUUGGGAUCUACUUCGUGAAAAGGUAUUUCCAGAAGGACGUUGCCCUGUUGAAUUGGAGGAAAUUGGAAGAAAUAUUGCGAGAAAAUGCAGAGGGCUUCCUUUGGCCCUUGUUGUCAUUGGUGGGCUUCUUGCAAAGUCCAAAACAGAAGAUUGGAAGUACGUCGAAGAAGAUGUAACUUCGGCAGUGAACAAUGAAGAUGACGAGUUAUGCAUGAAGGUAAUAUCGUUGAGUUAUAAUCACUUGCCUAUAUAUCUCAAGCCUUGUUUCCUAUAUUUGGCCGUAUUUCCACAAGAUUUUGAUAUCAAAAUGUCGAGGCUCGUCAGGUUGUGGGUUGCAGAAGGAUUUGUUAGACAAUGUGGGCCUAAAAGCUUAGAAGAAAUUGGAGAGGAGUAUUUGAAGGAUCUUAUAGAUAGGAAUCUUAUUUUGGUUAGUAAGAGAGGUAUUAGUGGAGAAGUGAAGACCUGCCACAUUCAUGAUCUUUUAAGCGAUCUAUGCAGGAGAGAAGCUCAGAAAGGUAAUUUUCUAGUCCUCUCAAAGCUGGAUAACAACAAAGCUUCGUUAGAUAUGGAGAGCAUACGCCGCCUCAGCAUUAAUAAUGGCCAAUGGAAAGAUGCCACACUAACGGCAUCUAUUCGGUCUUUCUUAACCUUCUUUUCUAUGAAUUUGUCUACUUAUAGUGCUUGUCGGUCUCCGUUACUACGGGUAUUGGAUGUGGUUGACAGAUAUCCCAAAGAUGAGAUUCUACAGCUAAUUAACUCAAGAUAUGUCUCUUGCACGGGUUUGAUCUCUAUGUCGUCGUCUUCUAUAUUAUCCCGACUUUGGUGCCUACAAACCUUAGUUGUUGGUGGAGAGUUGACUCUACCAAGGGAGAUAUGGCAGAUGCCCCAACUUCGACAUGUUCAGGCGCGGAGAAUUUCUCUACCUGAUCCUCCUUCACGUGGCGAAAAAAUCACAGUUCUUGAAAAUCUACAAACACUUUCAAUAGUCAAAGAUUUCAAAUGUACUAAAGAGGUAACUAAACAAAUCCCGAAUCUGAAGAAGUUGGGAAUUGUUUGUCCGACAAUUGGAUCUUAUAGUUUAAGCAAUCUUGGAUUUUUCCAUAAACUUGAAUCACUAAGUCUAGCAUUUGUUGGUAAGCGUGGUCGUGGUCCUCGUGGAAACAUGGUCUUUCCAAGUUCACUUAAAAAAUUGGUCUUAAGUGAAUGCAAGAUUCCAUGGGAAGAUAUGUCCAUUGUUGGUUCCUUACCGAAUCUUGAAGUUCUCAAACUGCGGUCGAAUGCUGCUGUAGGGCAAAAGUGGAUUUCAAAUGAAGGGGAAUUCGCUCGACUAAAGUACUUGUUGAUUCAUGAGUGUGAGUUGGAGAUUUGGGAAUCAGACAAUACACAUUUCCCAUGUCUUGAGCAAAUGCAUCUCGGAACCGUGAGCCUGAAGCAGAUCCCUUCAGAUUUUGCAGAAAUAUUACCACUUCAAGUGAUUGACUUGUACCGCUGCAAAAGUUCCCUAUUGGCAUCGGUAAAGGAAGUAUCGGAGGAAAGAGAGAACCUAGGAUAUGACGCUCUUCAAAUUCGAAGUUCUGUGUUUGCACUGCUCAGAAUUUCUGUGCAGAGAGGUAUCAAUCUUGCUCUUGGCAAUGGCCGCAGCAGAGAUCCUUAUGCUGUUGUCAGGAUGUCCAAACAGAUUUUGAAGACUCAUGUUGUUACAGAGACUGUUAAUCCCGAAUGGCAUGACGAUUUGACGGUAGCUGUUUUAGAUCCUAGUCAACCAGUUUCUGUGACAGUGUACGACAAAAACGUGUUCAUUGCGGAUGAGAAGAUGGGAGACGCAGAGUUUGAUAUUAGACCAUUUGUACAAGCGUUUAAGAUGCAUCCAAAUGGCCUACCAAACGGUACAAUAACCACAAGAAUAUUGCCUUCAAGCUCCAAUUGCCUGUCUGAAGAGAGUUUCAUUUUCUGGAAGGAUGGCAAUCUAAUGCAGGAUAUGUGCCUCGGACUGAGAAAUAUCGAAUCCGGCCAAGUCAAACUUCAGCUGCGGUGCAUUGAUAUUCCUCUUCCUAUCGUGGAUUUUUUUUAAUAGUUUUAUUUUUUCUUUCUUUCCUUCUUUCUUUUGUUUGGUUUUUCGUAUUUAAGGUUCUCUGGGAAUGAAAACUUCACGUUUAUGUCCGACAAAAUUUUGACUUGUGCAAUCCAUUUUGGACUUCCGGAAAAAAUAGGAAUUUUUACGAA